UGAAGUUCUUUACCAUCACGGCACUCUACAAAGAUCAUCCGCACACUUUAAUAAUCAAGCUGCAGAGGUGGCAAUGAAGUUUGAGAGCAUUCUGGAAGAGACAGAUGGGUUUGGGCGAUACCAGAUUGCACUGGUCUUGCUGAUGUAUAUACCUCGCAUCCCAAUCCCAUGUCACUUCCUGCUGAACAACUUUAUAGCCGCCAUCCCAUCUCACCAUUGUAACAUCAGCUCUCUGGGCUCUGAGGGAAUCUUUGGAAAUCUGACUCAGGAGGAGAGACUGACUGUCAGUAUUCCAGUGCAGGAUGAUGGGACUCCUGCUUCCUGUCACAUGUUCUCUUAUCCUCAAUUCCACCUGCUGUCAAACUCCUCCAGCCCCUCAGAGGUUGCUGUAGUCCAGUGCCAGAAUGGAUGGGAGUAUGACAACAGCACGUUCAUCAGCACUCUCGCCACACAGUUUGAUUUAGUUUGUGAGAAGAGGGGACUGGCCAAAGCAUCAGCAACCAUAUUUUUUGUUGGCGUCAUGGCUGGAGCUGUGUUCUUUGGAGUGCUCUGUGACAAGUAUGGUCGUAGAAGUAUGCUGCUGGUGUCUUAUGUGUCAUCUAUAGUGUUCAGUGUUGUUAGUGCUUUCUCAAGCAACUACAUCAUGUUUGCUGCCUUCCGCUUCCUGACCGGAUUCGCACUGACGGGGAUCAUCAACAUAUCAUUUGUUCUCAGUAUUGAGUGGGUGGACACUAAACACCGUACAUUUAUCGGUGUGUUCGGCAGUAUUUCCUGGAGUUUAGGCAACAUGCUGCUGGCCGGUUUUGCCUAUCUGGUCACUGAUUGGAGAAUGCUGAUUAUUACUGUCACUUCUCCUCUUCUUCUUGCUACAGCCAUUUGGUGGUGGAUCCCUGAAUCAGCGCGGUGGCUAAUAGCAAAUGGAAAGGCAGAAACAGCAUACAAGUAUCUGCAAAAAUGUGCUACUUUUAACAAAAGACGAGACUUUACAUCUCGAGUUAAACUAGAGGCUUUGUCCACUGUAAUGACUGUGGAACAGCAGGGUCACAGUUACACUUACUUGGACCUGUUCAAAACCCCACAGCUGAGGAGACUCACACUUUUCACCGGCAUAGUGUGGUAUGGAGUUGCUUCUACAUACUACGGCAUCAGCUUAAACAUCACCAGCUUUGGGCUUGACCUUUACCUGACACACUUCAUUUAUGCAGCCAUAGAAGUGCCAGCAAAAAUCCUCAUCUACUUUAGUCUCAAUAAGGUCGGCCGUAGAAUCACUCAGACUGGGACACUGGUGCUCACAGGAUUCUGCAUACUCAUUAACAUCAUCACACCUACAGAAUACUGGACGUUUCGCACUGUGAUCGCAGUGUUGGGUAAAGGACUUUCAGAGGCUUCGUUUACAACUGUGUUCUUAUACACCACUGAGCUCUAUCCAACAGUCAUGAGGCAGAAUGGAGUUGGCUACGCCAGUUUUAUGGCUCGUUUGGGAGCAUCCAUUUCUCCUCUUAUCAUGCUCUUAGAAGACACGUGGAAGCUCCUCCCAGAGGUCAUUUUCUGCACGGUGGCCAUCUUUUCUGGUCUCAUCGCUUGGCUUCUCCCUGAAACCAACAACGAAAGAUUGCCAGAAACCAUAGAAGAUAUUGAAGAGAUGAGAAAGAAACCUAUCAACUUCACAACAGAGGAUCAGAGUAACAUCCCUUUAAAGUUGCCCAUCUGUGCAGACACAACGCAGUGAUAUGCAAAUCACUUCACAAGCACAAAAAGACAUCCUGCCAUUGUGACGAGUUUUAUAAGCUGUACUCGACAUCAGAUCCUG